AUGGAGGAAACCUCGAGAACCGAGUACCCAGCGAUGCUGGCGUAUCUCCAACCUUCGCAAGCUGUUCAUGUCCUCAACGACCGGGUGAAACGCGUCACCAAGCUCAAUGUUGAAAUCGCCGACUGGUUACAGGAACGCCGGAAGGUCGAAGAGCAAUACGUCCAGGGCUUGAGAAAGUUGAUGCAAUUCAAGGUCCCCAAUACAGCCUCUGAACUCGGAGUCUUCCAAGGUCCAUGGGACAAAGUACUUCGCACAGUCGAGUCGACCGCCCACUCCCACUUCCUGUUCGCAUCGCGUGUCGAGAAAGAUGUCGAGGUUCCUCUACGAAAUUUCGGACAGAAGAGGGAGGUGCAAAACAUUCACAACAUCGCCGCGAACCUCGCCUCCAUGGCCAAAGAACUCGAGGAUGCGCAGGAUAAGUCUGAGAGGUUGACAAAGAAGGGCACUAAGGCCAGCACGCAGAAAGUGGAGGCCGCAGCCUCGCGGUUGAACGCGGCGUCUCAGCAAUGGGAGUCGCAGGCCCCCUUCAUUUUCGAGAACUUUCAAGUCCUUGACGAGCAGCGAGCUAACCAGCUGCGCGACCUUUUGACCCAGCUCCUGACCCACGAGAACGACCAGGCCCAAAGGACCCAGAUCAGUGCCGGGGAGACCCUCCAGGUCAUGCUUGACAUCCAGACCUCGAAGGAGAUCGAAAACUUUGCCCACAGGGUUACAGAUGGCAAGGCCAAGAACGAAAGGAAGUCGGCGCCUGCGACUAGGCGUCCUAGUGUUGCCGGCAGUACCUCAACCCCUCCUGCGACUGCUACAACUGCGGCGUCUCAUGAUGACGAGACGCCCAGUGAGACCGAUACCCCAGAACUUCAUCAACAAACCCCGCGAUUGCGGAGCAGAAUUGGAACCAUGCUCGGCCGACGACGACAGAGUAUCCAUGGCGGAUUCGGACCCAUUUCACAGAAGACUUCGGGUUCCUUUGGUAGGAACCUAAGAAGCAGCCAUGGUCGUGGCGUGUCGCCCCGUGCCUCGAUGAAUGACUUGACCUCGUCGAAUAAGCUACCGUCUCUCGCCGAGGGCCCUGAUGUCCCCAGAGACGUCAACACGGCGGAGGCCGAAGAGAAACCGAAGGAGGAGACCCCCCACGAAGGCGCGAAUGGAGUCAAGCCAUCACCGAACUUGGCUGACCUGGCUGUCCUUGCCGAGCCGCAAGGUACCGUAAAUGGUGCCGACCGGGAGAUACCCGAGUUCGCGCCGCCUCCCGGGCCACCACCCCAGGCCAAGACUCACGUAGAUCAGCCAACCAAAGAUUCCGAGGGUUUCACCAUCCCAGCCGCCAUGAACGACCCGAUCUCGCUAGCUCAGCGCGAAGCUGCCGCAACCGAAGAUGCCGAUCAGUUGUUCAAGCUCAACAUUCAGAGCACUCCAGUUGCCCAGGAUGACCCCGAGGCGACACAGGCCGCUCUCUCCAACGUAACUAACGCAUUGACCCAAAUGGGCUUGCCGUCGCGUAAGGGUGGUACGAUACGGGGCCGGAGAGAUGUCCGUAAUACCAUCUACGUGCCCUCAGCCAACGGCGCUCCGUCUCCUGAUGUGGGUGCUCCCCCCACGCCUCCAAUUCCGACCGCCUUCACGAAGCCGCCCACGCUCGCCGCUCUAGCAUCCGAAGCGAGUAUUGCUGGCACAUCGGAUACUCAAUCCGUUCGUUCCGGCAACUCUCUUGGCACUUUGAACCAUGCAAAGCAUCCCGACAGGCUGGGUGCCGGCUUGAACGCCUCUGUCAUCGAGACUAUUGCCGCCUCGUUUGAAGAUGGCGCUCUAAAGACGGCCAAGAUCAGUGGCGAGAUUGCGUUCAGCUACAAUCCCGAUGAAGAACCCGAUAGCAAGCCUCUGCACAACCCAACGAUCCGCAUUAAUAACUUCCCCAACCUCGAGGUCAUCGGCCCUAACCGAAUUUUCGUUCAGAAUGCCCUGCCAGAUAGAAAUGAUCAGUUUAUUUUGGAUGUGUCUCACCUUUCCAGGACCUCGACAGCCUUUAGUUACCGUCUCCAUUCCGAGUCUGACGGCAAAGACCUUGUUGUGCAUACGCCCUUCCUUAUUCGAUCGCACUGGAAACCGAAGGGCGACAAGCUAGAGCUCCUGAUGCAUUACUCGCUCAACCCCGCGAGCGCAUUCACCUCUCCCAUCAUGUUACACAACGUGGUGGUGUUCGCCACCUACGAGGGCGCGAGGGCAAGCGGUGCCCAGACAAAGCCAUCGGGUACCCAUCUAAAAGACAAGCAUCUCGUCUAUUGGAGACUCGGCGACAUCACCUUGACCUCCGAGCCUCAAAAGAUCGUCUGCCGCAUCAUCGGCGCCGAAGGUGCCGAGCCACAGCCAGGUCAUGUGGAGGCUCGGUGGGAAUACACUCCUGGCCUCACAGCGACAGCUUCAUUGGGCGGCAUCUCAGUCUCGAGACUUGAAGAGACGAAAGGCAAGGAGAAGGAGGCGAUAGUCGUCGAAGAUCCUUUCGCCGAUAGUGAUAAUUUGAUGUCACCACCGCUUCCCUCCGACCACAGGUGGGUGGAUGUGCCGAUGGUAUAUAAGCUUGUUAGCGGCAAGUAUGAGGCCCGGUAG